GUUCUAAGGACAUCGUGCAUCAGUCAUCGUCUCGACAAUUUCCCGACACGUUCCUAAUACAACGUGUAACCAGAAACUCGAAAAAGAAAUUAGUUCAGGUACUGAAACGUGACGUUUACCUUUCUACUGAUCAUGCUCCGUGCAGCCACAGGUGCAGUUUACCUGAGAAGCCUUCUGUUUCGAUCUCUUUCUUCAAAUAGAAGAUCGUUCCAUGCCAGAACAGCAAAUUACAGCACGUCGAAUAAUGUCAGCGAUCAUGAUUUCGAAGUUGAUGUGCUGGUUGUUGGUUCUGGUCCGCUUGGAUGCACAUAUGCAAGGAAAUUGCAUGAAAAGGGACGCCGUGUCUUCAUGAUCGAUGCUGGCGCCCAGCUCUCUGAGAUUCCUGGCUGGCAUUUGAAAAACUCCUUCUUAUACCAGCGGAAUGUCAACCAGUUUACUGGUGUGAUAGAAGGUCACUUGCACACUCUGUCGGUACCACCGGACGAUAGCGCUGUUCCAACGUUGGAUCCUGGUGCCUUCGCAGUGGAUCGAGAUAAAUAUAAAGGAUUUGUCUCUGAAAAUAAAAAUCCGAGACAAGAUCCUUUCGUGAACCUUCCAAAAGCCGCCGCCACUUAUGCCGUUGGUGGAAUGUCUACCCACUGGACUGCAUGCACCCCGCGGGAAUACCCAGAAUAUCGUAGCGAUCUUAUUGACUCUGAGACAUGGGAUUCACUGUACCGCGAAGCUGAAUCACUUCUCAAGACAAACCAGAACAUGUUUGACGAUACAAAGAUUGAUGAUCAUCCUGGUGGCGGUGCCCCGGGCGGAAUAAGGCACUUCAUCCGUAACCACCUGGUAAGAGAUACCCUUCGCGAGGCUUACCCACAUCUCAAUGAGCCGAACGAAAUACCUCAGUACUUGCCGCUGGCUGGAGUUAGACGUACUGACGCACCAGAAUACAUCACAUGGAGUGGUGCUGAUACGGUACUUGGGGACGACAUGCUAGCAAAAUUGAAAGAAAAUGAUGGAACCUUUCAGUUGAAGGAAAUGUGGCAAUGCCGGAAGCUGCUAUAUACUGAUCCGGACCAGGGGGCGCAAAAGGUGCGGUAUGCCGUCGUGAGAGACCUUCUCGAAAAAAAGGACCUCAUUAUUAAGGCUGAUACAAUCGUUUUAGCAGCUGGUGCUGUUCUCACACCUCAAAUCAUGUACAAUUCCGAUAUCGAUCUUCCCGCCUUGGGUCAUUACCUCUGUGAACAACCACUGGCAUUCUGCCAGGUAGUUCUCCUGCAAAGCCUCGUGGAUAGCAUCGAGAAGAAUCCUGAUUGGAAACCGAUAGUGGAUGCGUUUCGCAAAAAACACCCAAAUGAUCCAAUCCCGAUACCUUAUACUGAUCCACAACCACAAUGUUGGAUUCCUGUGUCAGAUAGUCGUCCAUGGCACUGUCAAGUGCACCGUGAUGCAUUCUCGUACGGAGGCGUGGCUCCAAAUGUCGACACACGUCUGAUUGUCGACUUACGUUGGUUUGGCAAGAUGGAACCAAAGUUUGAAAAUCACGUUUCGUUCUCGUCCGAAGAUAACCUGAACCGGGACACAUUUGGAAUGCCCCAACCCACCUUCCAUGUCAAAUUGUCCGAUAAGGAUCGUAAUCUUGCUCACGAAAUGAUGGAAGAUAUGCUUGUUGCAGCUGGGAAACUUGGCGGAUUCUUACCCGGGUCAGAGCCAUCAUUUCAAGAGCCAGGGCUAGCUUUACAUAUCACGGGCACAUGCCGAAUGGGCAACAGUCCUACAGACAGCGUUGUUGACACCAACUCAAGGGUGUGGGGUUUUGAGAAUGUGUACCUUGGUACCUGCGGUGUCAUUCCCGUUGGAAGCUCCUGCAAUCCAACACUCACAGCCAUGGCUUUGGCCAUCCAUGCGUGUAAGAGCAUCGAGAAAAGCGGUUAAUGUAUCGACUCAUAUGCACGUCGAAUUUUUUAUCUUUAUUGCACACCUAUUAUAUCCAUUCAUAAUCAUGAGCCAAUAAAUCAUAAAUAAUUCAAUAAUGUAAUGUUAUAGCUACGUCCAGUCUACUCUUGACUGCACUCUUGAUUAAUUUCUAGAUUGCACUGUACAACAGAUUAAGGAUUUUUCCUUUUAAGCCAUUUAACUAUAUGUCCUGCAUAUAAAUUAAAGUAAAUAAGUCAUACAAAAUAAUUGAAAUGACGACGUUUUUUAAUUAUUAAUAUAUGUAAUGACUUAUACUUAUACAUUUCGAACUUUGUCUCGUUCCUGAUUGGUCAGAAAGCACCGGCUAAUUCUCAAUAUUCUGUAAGACUGUAUUUAUUACGUAAUUUUAGCUGCGGACGUGCUCAGCGUUCAAUAAUGAUUUUUUUGGAUCGAACUUGCAUCCAAAAAAACAAUUCAUUGGUUUUGAGUAUAUAGCUACCGAUCUAUGUGAAAACAUUUCGCGACUAUCCUUCUCCCGUGUCGUCGUAAUGCGCUGUUUUUGUAGAAAAAUAUCAAACAGUUUAAGCUUGAGUUUAAAGUGAUUAAUGUUUCUUUGCAAAGUUCAGCGAUGCGCCAAGUUUGCUCACUCCAGUCUUCUUGUUUUUU